CUUAUUAUCCCGACCAAUGAUGCGCAUCUCCCCAUCCACGAGGCUUGGUCUCAAACCCAUGUCCGGCUUACACGGCAUCUCGGCGAGAGCCUGACUCGGGCAACCAUCGGACUCUUUUCCCUUCCUCUUUCUCUUUCUCUUUCUCUUCAGUUUUCGGAUAAGGUCCCGCCCAUUAUUGUAUCCCAUCUCUGUCUUUUCCUUAGCCUCAAUUCUCUUCGGAGAACACCCUCUGCAGGUCUGACAGGCGCCAUUGACGACCUGCCUCGGACCGCUAUCUAACGUCACGAACCAUGGGCGAAGGCAGGACCGGAGCGACCGGGCGCGAACAAGCUGCCGAUGGCCAGUGGGAGGCCAGUACGAGCUCUGUGGCGGAGGCUUCUAUCGAAGAAGUUACAGUGCAGGAGGUGGAGGAGGACUCGUCUCCCCCAACCCCGCGCUUCAUACAGGAGGAAGGUCCAUGGAAGAGGUGGAAAUGGGUGCCGUACCCCGUCCGGCGCUUCACCAAGGCCAUGAUAAAAUGGUCCAAAGGCCCUCCGAGCCCCCGCGACUACACCAUCGAACCCAUCCUACCCGCCGUCCAACAUGCCCCGAUCUGGCUUCUCGAUCGAUUCUUGCCGCGCCGGCAGCACAGGAUAUGGCUCGUCAUGGCCUACUUUGCCGUCUGGAUAGUCACCUACGCGUUGGUGAUGCGCCAAGGGCUCGUGGACACAGAGAUUGAGAAUUUCGGCAAGGCGGGGGACAUUGGAUGCGGCAGCACCUAUUGGGUACCGGGGAAUUCGUGCGGGAUUGACGGCAUUGAUUGCCGUCCUUUUAAUGACACCGGCUUCGCGUUCAGGUGCCCCGCGAACUGUGCGAGUUACUCGGUGCUUAACCCGCGCGCUGUUGGAAAGCAGGAGGUCAUAUACCGGCCGCUGGUCGUCGGGGGCCCGGGGACCGAAGGCAGCGAUGCAGACCCGGUCUACCGGGGCGACUCUCUUAUCUGCGGGGCAGCCAUCCAUGCGGGCGUCAUCACAGACAGCAAAGGUGGAUGCGGUGUGGUCAGCGUCAUUGGGACACAGAGUAACUUUGUCGCCUCUGCGAGACACGGCAUUCGAAGCCUUGCCUUCGAUUCGUACUUCCCGCUAUCCUUCACGUUUGAGAGCGGGAUCAAUUGCAGCUCGCGGGAUAUGAGAUGGGCCUUGCUUGCCGUCUCGGUGGUUUUCACCACGGGCUUGUCCCUCUUUACCACCUCCCCGGCGCUCUUCUUUUUUGGAUCAUUUGUCGGCAUCUUUUGGAAUACUGGCCUGGCGUCCGAUCAACCGUCGCAUACCUCCAUCCCCGGUCUGAUAUCGAAUCUUGCCGGGAAGUUCCUGCCCGCCAUGUUCAUCGCCUGGGUCAUGUACGACAAGAUGGGGGUAAGACGUACCCUUCGAGGUCUAACUGCCCAGGUCGAGAAGACGGUCCUCUGGCUUGGCGCGUGCUGGGUGGGCGCACUCACGAACUACACCUUCGACUUCAUCCCCAUCCAACGCCUCACCCCGCAUGAUCUAAAGCAGCAGCCAGGGGCUCGAGCCGCCUUGGCCAUCAUAAUCCUGCUCCUGCUGGGAAUCGUAGCGUCGCAGAUUUGGUUCUUCCGCCACGAGGGCCGGCUCGUUCGCUACCUCAAGCUCUACGUCUUGUUUGGUGGCGGGCUAAUAGUCUGCCUCGUGCUCCCAGACUUGAGCCUACGGAUACACCAUUAUAUCCUUGCGCUCCUCCUCUUGCCGGGUACGAGCAUGCAAACUCGCCCGUCGCUGCUUUAUCAGGGCCUGCUGAUGGGCUUCUUCAUCAACGGCAUCGCGCGCUGGGGCUUCGACCCGGUUCUACAGACGGCAUUCGCCUUGAGAGGCGAUGCCCAGCUCGGUUCGCCUCUACCGAGCAUCCUUGCACCUGCAAUCACCAUCGGGGCGAAUCUGUCUACAAUCAUAUUCAAAUGGCGGCCGCCACCGGGGCCCCGGUACGACGGCAUCAGCGUUCUGGUUAACGACGUGGAACGGUUCCGAGGGUACUUUGAUGACGAUUCCGGGCCGGUCGACAACUUCACCUGGACAAGGAAAGGCGACCAGGAUAUCAACGAGUACUUUCGCUUUGCCUAUAUGGAAGGGAGCCGGAGCGACGACUACACCAAGGCGGGGGUGUGGAACGAGGAAGGUGAGUGGGAGGUGAUGGAGAGCGGCCCGUCCAAGAUCAAGCGUCGGUCCUUGGGUGGCGACGGGAGGCUAUUUAUGAACUGACAUUUGAGGAAAAUGAUUUAUUGAUUUAUUUAUUGCGCCGUACAACACCCCUUCAAACAGAUGAAUGCCAUAGUACGAAAAGACACUCCUUCAUAC